GCCGACGAACCCAUCACGUGCCUUCCCCCUUAACCAAGGUUCCUCUGGCCUGGGCGUGGACACAAGCCAGACCCCCCCUUUUGAUAUCUUGAUAACUGAACCUGUUUGUUCGUUGCCGACGCAUUUUGGGGGACAACAAGCCACCAUCUGCGUGGAUUCCUGAUUUCUUCAUCCCGCCUUGCUGAUGCCCCUAGCUCUCACCCUGUUUUAGGUGCGAACAUCCCAACCAACUUGUUGCGAUCAGCAGACGCAUCAAACACAUCGCGGCAUUUUUAAGACAUCGAGAUCAAAUACGAAUGAAGAUACCACCACCACCACCGUGUCCGAGCCUGAACUAGCGUCUACCAAAUCGUCCUCCCCGCCAUUCAUGUCCCGCCAGCGUGACGAUAACUUGUGUGUGCUUGACUACUCCGGAGGAAGAACGGAACAAGUUCGCAGCAAAGCGGCAAAGAGCUGGGGGUUCUGGGCGCUGUAGAUGACACCGAACUCCGUUAGAACACAACGACUGCACAUAUAAACGCAUGCGCUUCUAGAACUAAACGUCCUUUUUCUGUUUCUUUUUCUUUUUCUUUUUCUUUCUUUUUUUUACUUAUUGAAACUGCAGGGGGGGCAUAUUCACUGGCAGUAGCUUUGCUGCCAAGUCCUGCUUAAUGUCGCAGAUUUACUCCUGCUUAACCACAUCUUACACCACUUGUCGAAAUGCCGCCUCCCCAUACUGCCUCCGAUAAGUCUAUGACAGUCGUCAGCGGGCAAAUCGUUUUUCGGAAGAAAAUUACAUAAGGAUCGUCCCCCAGAUACCCGGUUGGAAGGCAACGGUGGUCUGGAGGUGUUUGGGGCUAGCGGCUCUGCGUCGGGAUCACGCUCCUCCCGGCAUUCCAAGCGCGAAUCCGUACUCUCGGUGGACGUACCUUUUGACCAAGAAGGCUUCGGAAUGUCGUCUGGUAUUAUCACCGCUAUCCCUUACGAUAGCGUCGCGCCAGACCCCAAAUCACCGAUCCCCGUUGAUUACCUCCCGAAAGUAGACCAGCAACCACGAAAGGAGCCGUCUCCCCAUCACCUAAAUAAGCCGGGAUUUGACCACCACCAGUAUCCGUCGUGGAAUGGCCAAGUGCCAUCUACUGGGUCAUCCCACCCGGGCGGCCCAAGGCCUCCGCCGAGUGCCAAUACAACAAUGGCUGCAGGCCAGACGGGGGACAAGGGACCCAAAUACCAGCAAUGGGGUGGGCCAGGAAACGGCUACCCUUCCUACUCGACGCCCGACUCGUCGACAAAUUCCCGCACAUCCCUAGACCAGAAUAGCAUUUACUCAUCUAUGUCAUCCGCCACGCGAGGCUCCACUCAAACCUCCAUUGACACUUCCUCCCGUCCGUACACAUCCCAGUCUAAUGAACGAUAUGCGCUACCCUCCGCGUCAUCAGCACCCAGAUACUCCUCCACAACACAAGCGCAAUACUCCUCUACCAGUCCCUCAUCCUCGUUAACAGUUUCUGCCGACGGAAGCAUGAAUCGACCGAAAGAUGAUAGAAUCGUUGACCAAAUGUUCUACGAACUGAUGAUCAAGAGAGGGUGGCAGAACCUACCGGAGCAAGCGAAGAGACAGAUGCUCGCAUACCCAGCCUCCAAGAAGUGGACUCUAGUGCACCAGGACCGUCUGACGCAAUGGCAGGGGGAGCAAAAGAGAAAGCAAAAUGCUCGGCUCACAUAUGGCUCUGCCGAUGGCACCGCAGGCCUGCUCUCAAGAGCAGACGAAGAAGGGAGCCCGGAGUGGUAUGUGAAAAAGGUAAUGGAUGAUUCGAUCAAUACAAAACAGUUACAAAGUCUCAGUGUUAGUUUGCGGACGCAACCAAUAAUCUGGGUAAAAUCAUUUGUGGAAGCCCAAGGACCUAUUGCCCUAACAAGCGUCCUUAUCAAAAUUAAUCGACGGAAAGCCUCUGGACCAGCUCCAGCUUCAUCGGCAUCCGGCGACAGGGACCUCGAUCGCGAAUAUGAUAUCGCGAAAUGCCUCAAGGCAUUAAUGAAUAAUAAAUAUGGCGCUGACAAUGCUCUGGAGCAUCAACAAGUCAUUAUCGCACUCGCCAGUUCGUUAAUAUCUCCACGUCUGACCACACGCAAAAUGGUCAGCGAAAUAUUGACGUUCCUUUGUCAUUGGGCUGAUGGCAAGGGCCAUCAGAAGGUUCUCCAAGCAAUGGACACUGUUAAAAACAUGCAAGGAGAGACUGGUCGUUUCGAUGCCUGGAUGCGCAUUGUCGAGGUUACUAUCGACGGACGAGGGAAAAUGGGAAGCCUUGUUGGUGCCAGCGAAGAAUUUCGAAGUGGAGGCAUAGGCAUGGAGAACUUGUUGAUGGAGUAUGCGCUCUUUACCAUGUUCUUGAUCAAUAUGAUCGUCGACGCAGCAGAGCAUGAUCUGCAGCUUCGCUGCCAUAUCAGGGCACAGUUCACCUCUUGCGGGAUAAAGCGACUGCUGGGGAAAAUGGAAGAAUUCCAGUAUGACGCUAUCGACAAACAAAUUGAAAAGUACCGGGAAAAUGAAGCCAUUGAUUAUGAAGAUCUUCUCCAGCGGGAGAAUAGUAGUAUGAAAGAUAGCAUCGAAGGGGAAGUUACUGAUAUGAACGACCCGGUCCAGAUUACGAAUGCGAUAGCGGCUAAGAUGAAGGAUGGCCGUUCACAGGAUUACUUCCUUUCUGCAAUGCAGCACUUACUGCUAAUCCGAGAGAACUCUGGGGAGGAUGGAGUGAGAAUGUUCCAACUCGUGGAUGCCAUGCUUAGUUAUGUGGCCAUGGAUCGUCGGCUUCCAGAUUUAGAUCUGAAGCAAAGUUUAAAUUUUACGGUCCAGAGCUUGCUUGAUAAACUACAUACAGACGCAGAGGCAAGGCGCGCAUUCGAUGAGUCUCUUGAAGCGCGGCAGAUUGCAGACGCCGCCAUUGCCGAGAGAGACGAGGUGAGGGCACAGCUUGAGCUUGGUGCUGACGGGCUAGUUAAAAAGCUCCAGAAGCAGAUUGAAGAGCAAACGGAUAUCAUUAAUCUCCAGUCACGACAGAAGGAUGCCUUGAAGGCAGAACUGGAGGAUCUUCAGCGACUACGGAGUCAGGAAUUGCAGCGGAAUGAGUUGGAGACACGCGAAUUGUAUCUUAUGCUUCGUGACGCACAGGAAGUUGCGGCCUCCAAAGCACAGAAAGCGGGACAAGAGAUUCUUGGCGACACAGAUCCGGCUCAGAUGAAUGGCAUUCUCGAUCGUGAAAAACUUAUGAGUCGUCUCGAGAAACAACUGGAGCGAACCAAGACGCAAUUCAAGCUUGAGGGUAGAGUUUGGGAGGAGGGUGGAGAAUCGGAUAGGCUGCGCGAAUUGCGCGAGCAAAUGGAUGGCGGUGACAUCGGAUCAGCUGGUGGAUUCGAUGAGGAAACGAAACGAACUUUCACUAAUAGCACGUUUGGCGUUGUUUCCCGGAACCGAAGUCAGGGCGCCAAUAAGAAGGACGUUGAAGAUGAGCAGCAUCUUUCCGACGUUGGUGAGGAGGAUGGUGACGAGCAAGGUGUUGUAGAACGGCCGCGAUUAGUUGAGAUCAAACGGCCUCGCAUGAACCCUAUGCAAGCGACUGGAUUGUUGGGCGAAAUUGCGUCCAGGGUACAGAAGAUUGACGAAAGUGAUGACGAGAAAGAUGAAAGUAAAAAGCCGAAGCCAGAGCCUACUACAACUCCUAAACCGCCUCCACCACCUCCGCCACCUCCUGCAGUUGGUGGCCCGCUGCCUCCUCCACCCCCUCCUCCACCGCCUCCUCCAGGUGUUGGCCUACCACCCCCACCUCCACCCCCUCCGCCAGGUGUUGGCGCUCCUCCACCACCCCCGCCCCCUCCUCCCGGCAUAGGUGGCCCACCCCCUCCUCCACCGCCACCACCCCCUCCGCCAGGUGUUGGUGCUCCUCCCCCACCACCGCCCCCUCCUCCCGGCGCGGGUGGCCCUCCCCCUCCUCCGCCGCCUCCUCCAGGCGUUGGUGGUCCUCCACCGCCCCCACCCCCUCCACCAGGUAUGGGUGGUCCUCCACUACCCCCGCCCCCUCCUCCCGGCAUGGGUGGACCGCCUCCUCCACCACCGCCCCCUGGCAUGCGCGGUCCACCACCGCCUCCUGGAGCAAGCAUAGGCAGCUGGAAGAAGACGUACCUGCCUGCGGAUGCUCCUGCAGCCACUAUUGGGUUGCCGUUCAUUCGACCGAAAAAGAAGUUAAAGGCUCUGCAUUGGGAGAAAGUCGAUUCUCCUCAAGUAACUGUCUGGGCAGCGCAUGCUCCCACGCCUGAAGCGAAAGAAGAGAAAUAUACCGAGCUCGCCAAGAAGGGCGUUCUGGACGAAGUUGAGAGACUAUUUAGAGCCAAGGAGACAAAGGUUCUGGGAACUGGCACGGGUAAAAAGAAAGACAAGAAGCAAAUCAUACCAGGUUCUCUCAUGCAUAAGUUUCAGAUCUCAAUGGCCAAAUUUUCGGAGCUCUCACCUGAUGAGGUUGUGCGGAAAAUCAUCCACUGCGAUCCCGAUAUUGUAAACAAUAAUGUUGUAAUGGAAUUCUUGCAGAAGGACGAACUCUGCAGCGUUCCAGAAAACAUUGCCAAGGCAAUGGCGCCCUACUGCAAAGAUUGGACGGGCCCUGACGCGGCAAACUCGCCCCGAGAUCAAGACCCGAGUGAACUCACGCGUGAGGAUCAAAUUUAUCUUCAGACUGCCGUCGAGCUUAAUCAUUAUUGGAGAGGACGGAUGCGCGCUCUUCAGCUAACUCGCACCUUCGAGUCGGAUUAUGACGAUUUAUCCGCAAAGCUACAGGAAAUCGUUCGUGUUUGUGAAUCUCUCCGUGAUUCGGUGUCAUUAAUGAACGUUCUUGGUCUGAUUUUGGACAUUGGGAAUUUCAUGAAUGGGGCAAACAAACAAGCUGUUGGAUUCAAGCUCAGCUCCCUUUCUCGCCUGGCUAUGGUUAAGGAUGAUAAGAACGAAUCGACAUUUGCUGACCUGGUAGAACGGAUUGUGCGAAACCAAUACCCGGAGUGGGAAGGCUUCGUGGAGGAGAUUGGUGGUGUCGUCGCUGUUCAAAAGGUGAACGUGGACCAGCUCCGGACCGAAGCGCAAACAUAUAUCAGCACAAUCAAGAAUGUUCAGGCCAGCUUGGAUUCCGGCAAUCUGAGUGACCCGAAGAAAUUCCACCCACAAGAUCGGGUCAAUCAGGUAGUCCAAAGGUCAAUGAAGGAUGCCAGACGUAAAGGUGAACAGAUGCAGCUGUAUCUUGAUGAAAUGUCGAAGACAUAUGAUGAUAUCAUGGUCUUCUACGGCGAAAAUAGCUCGGAUGACAAUGCGAGAAGGGACUUCUUCAGCAAGCUCGCCGCGUUUGUCACGGAGUGGAAGAAUUCGAAGGAGAAGAAUAUGUCUUGGGAAGAAUCGCGGCGGCGAAUGGAUGCAUCGUUGGCACGGAAGCGUAACAAUGCGGCCGCUAUCAACGGCCGUACGGAGAAUGCCGAUGCACAAUCACCGACGUCCAGCGGAGCCAUGGAUACCCUACUAGAGAAGCUGCGAGCCGCUGCACCGCAGGCGCGCGACCAGCGUGAUCGCCGGCGUCGUGCACGACUGAAAGAACGCCACCAGGUCAGGGUUGCGUCCGGCCAGAAAAUGCCAGACUUGUCUGACGGAGCCGGUGAAAAAGCCACCGAAGGCGAUGUCGAGGACGCUAGCAGUACCCCCAACGGCGAUCUCUUGAGUCCACGCAGCCCGACAGAUGAUCCAACGUCUCCUGCGAAAGAAACACAAGUAUCUGAGGGUGAGGACAUCGCUGAUAGGGCUGCAAGCAUGCUUCAGGGGCUUAGAAACGAUAAAGAUGGCGCCGCCGAUCGCGCGCGCCGUAGAGAGACUGCCGAAGAAGCUAGACGCAACCGGAGACUACGGAGGAGGACACCAGUGACUAAUGGAAGCAAGGAUGGCGAUAACGCUGGUGGGCCUCCAUCACCGGCGAAAGCACCUGAUUCCGCGGGAACUGAAGGAGGGUCUCCGGUCAGCUCAACCAUGCCCGAUGAUUCGCCACGGUCGUCGGAAACGCCGUCCAUCGUCGUCUCUGGAAUUAAAGAUGCAGAAGCAGAACCAUCGUCAUGAACAAGAAGUAAUUAAAGAGAGGGAAAAAAAAAAAUAAAAGAUAAAAGAUAAAAGAUAAAAGAUAAAAUGAAAAAGAAAUUCAAAUUCGCAACUUCCCUGGUCACGACACACCGUCUCUCCAUUCUCUUUGGCUUGAACAUGCUGGCUGCGUUCUCCGGAGUUUGGAUUGAUGGUAUUUUUUUCCUGUUCAAUUUUGUUUUUUAUGAUUAUCUCUCCCCUGGUCCAAUUUUAUAGCGGCAUCCUACCUUUUGUUUUUGCAUAGAUAUCCUUAUAUCCUUUUGAUUGUGUUUUGUGAUUGUUUCAUAUUUUUCCUUUUGAGAAUGAAUUCCAAUUUCCCUUCACCGCGAUUUUUUUUUUUUUUUUUCUUUCUUGGCAUGAUAAAGAAUUCCCUUGCCAGGAUGGGAAUUGAGCUGUUUCCUUUGCUAACUAUGCUCUUCCUUAAUAACACCCGCACACUUCUACACUAUUGCAAGAGGUCGGUUGGCUUGGCUGAUGCUUUUAUCUUUCUAACUACGCUGGUUUUAUUCUCAUUUAUAAUUUCUUCUAUUUUUGUCCAGUUCUCCAUUCUUUUUAUAUUCAUUCCCAACGUCGCCUCUUUCUCUUUAUCUCUCCUAUAGUUUAUUGCUCCGCGUCUCUCUUGAAUCCCUCGCGUAUACUGGUUAUGAUUACUUUAUGUAGAGUACUACUCUCUCGACGAUUUUCUGCCCUCCUUUCCCCUUAUUUAUCUUAUUUUCCCCUUUAUUCACACAUGGCAUUCGUUGCAAUUUUCCCCCUACAAUACAUAAUUGUAUUUUUAUUCCCCCCAUGUAUGGCUUAACCAAGGGGAUUGCUCUUGUAUCCUGCUUUCUGGCUGGCAUCAAGCAUGUAGAUGAGGUGGAAAUGCACAUUCGAUUCGACUAGGUUAAUGCAACGGCAUUUCCAGUUCUCCCCGCACUUCCAGCUUCAUUUUCCUUCCUUCACUCUUGUGAUUUUCCCGGAUUCAUUUGAUAGUUGUCUAUCUUCUACAUGUAUUGUACUCAUGCGGAGGAUUACUCUCUGAUAUCAUUUCUAGAGCCAGCUUCCCCCUGGACGUCACUGUUUCUGCUCUGGAUAUCAACAGCGUGCUGUGCUUGCUCACUCUCAACCCAGUCAGUCCCGAAUCACAAAUGUUGCGAACUUGUAGUAAAUGGGGUUAUAGAAAUUAUCAUAUGAUAGAUCAGAACCGGUUAAUCUUCGGUUAACUGCCAUUCUAUUCGCAUCUCCCUGCUGCAACUCACCGGGGUUCCUAGUACUCUCAGUAUUGCUUCCGAAAUCUGCCGCAGAGUCGUUCACCCAGGCUUGAUGCCCUCUUCCAACACUCCGCCGGGUAGAACGAAAAGAACAAAAGAUGAAACACUCUGACUCAUUUUCCAGGUGUAAAAAGGCCGGCAUUGAUCGGAUAGAAUGGCUCCCAUUUAUUUAUUUUCUCAACAUGACCGCCAGUUCAACGUAGCUAGCCCAAUGGCUGAAUCAGCUGACAAACAUCUAUGACCUCACCGGAAAGAUCUCACUCGUCAAUAGUCAAUAUCCGGACAAAACUAAUCCGUUCUAAGGAGAAGAAAAGAGAACGGACGGACGGGCAGUCAUGGUCAAGCCAGGCCCCAGCCUCACCUGUCCAACCACCCAGCGGCCACUGGUAUCUCGGAUUGCCAACGUGGCUGAUUCUGCGGGCCGGGAAAAAAAGCCAUUGUUAUUAUUUACCGUAUCCGAUCGGAUGUGCCUUGAGCUGCUCAGCCCUAUGGCCCCAAGGGAGAUUAUCCCGGCAAGACCACGAUUUACAAUGCAUAGGAUGGAUGAAUCGUGUUACAAUCUGCCUGCCUGUCGCACGGUGAUCCCAAAAAAAAAAAAAAAAAAAAAAAAAAAAGGGGGGGGGCCAGGGACGGUGCUAAAGAUGGGAACUGCGAACGAAGAAAUGGUGAUACAUGUGCAAUGAUGAGUUGGAAUGACAGGAGCAAUAAUUGUGUGCAUUUUUUCAUGGACCAACCACAUAUCCUGAGCUGAGUCAAUUGAUGCGACCCUACCAGCGAUGAAACUACGUUUUACAAGGGCCAGAGAACCAACAAGAGCCAAAAGUCAUUGCGACUCAUAUACGGGACCUGGGCGACUGGGUGAUGCAUUACUACCUACUAACUUAUCCAUCCUGCUCCAACCCUGAACUCCUGACGCUAGAAAAUAAACAACCGCAUCAGCCACACUUUUCAGUCAUAGGGAGUACAUGUACAUCUGAACUCUUCAGCCCGAGAUAGAUAUGACUCCCAGUGACCGUACCUACUCCCCAGUUCGUCUGAUCUUUGAUUACGAAGCUCCUGUCAACGGCCUUACGGUUCGGGCUGCGGGUAUGAAGGCCAUCAUCUAGCACAGCAAAAUACUUAAUAUUUCUAUAUGUUUCCCAUGGUUGUUGGGCGGUACAACUGUUGAGCCAGCUCAGGGCCCCUUUUUCUCUAACUAGGUGGCUAGCUACCGUGGCCGAUAACACGGUGCACGGAGGGUAAAACCUUUCGGGAGCAAAAAGCUCAGCAUAUCCUAUUUUGCAGUGGAGCUUUCGCGAACCAAGACGCACCGAGACUGCCACCGCCACAGUCUAAUUGACUUUCGGUACUUGGGAGUCUUGAAGAAGACUUGGUUCCCCAUUUGUAUGUAUGUACAUGUACCAGGGACGGCCUGGCCCGCUCUCUAACUCGUAAAGUGACUCAGUGUUGCAUAGCUAGUCCUUCGCAACACCGCUGCCUGAAAACACUUGCUUGCUGCUGCGGAAACUGUCAAGGUAACUAAAUAACAGAUGCCUGAAUCGUUGCUAGAUUGCCCAGGCUCAUCUGCUAGCAAACAACAGCGAGCAGCUAACGGCGCCUCCAUGCUGCUGAAGAAUUAACUGGUAUCUAGAUCUCAGCUUUCAAUCAUCGCAGACAAUUGCUCCAAUCUCUUCCAUUCGCUUGAAGAAUAUGCCGAAAUUCAACAGGGCAGGCAUUUUUUCCAGCCACCGCCAGCGAACUUAAAUCUUCGUAUCCAUAGGAUCAGGCCCCAGAAUCGUAUUCGGUAGUCCAACCGAACGACGAUGACACGCGCGUGGUUGAUAAACAGCCGAGUCCCUGGCAGCCGCAGAACCAGUGCGAUGGAAACGCUUCCAUUCCCUUUUCCCAAUGAGUUUCUCUGAUACCUCGCGAUGGUUAGUUGUAUGAUGACUCCACAAGGACAUGUUUUGCAGAGGCUUGCCUGGCCGUGCAAAUAUCAGUUCCACAGAAGACAAUCUGUAACAAUUUGCUCGCCAAUUGUCUUCAAUCCUGACUGAGGAGAUUCAGAGAACCAAGAGUCUCACACAGAUGUGCCAUAAAUCUCCAACACAACUCUCCAGAUCUAGGUAAUGCCCAUACGCAUGCUCCACGUGGCAGCAUCGAUCCCGGCAGCGUGCCGUACAUGCUGUGUCAGGCGUUUGUACCAUCCAACGGCGUAUUCUUUGGUGAUUUCUACUCUGCAUUUAUUGGGAAAUGUCGCACGAAACCGCUCGGAGGGAUGCAAAAUGCGGGAGAACGAGUGCUUUAAUGGCAAGGUUGCAUGGUAUAGUAAUAUACAUGUACAAUCUAUUCUUUAUUUUAUUUUUAUUGAUUUGGUGUAUUAAUAUGCAUGGUAAACAAUCAUUGAAGGCGUAGAGCACAUGAACACUCGUCAAUUGGAACCUAACUGAGCCUGAAGGGUUCAUCGGCAUGUGCCCGUCCCAAUUUAAUCUUUCUUCAUGGUAAUGUACAUGUACUUAGAAAAUUCAUUCAUCCACAGUAGUGCUAUCAAUCGCAUCGCGGAUAGCUACUUGAUGGAUAAACCCAAGACCUAUCGAUCUGAUUCCAUCUCUUUCACUGUCACUGCUACCAGCAUAUCAAUAGCUGUUCGCUAUUGAGCAGUUCGAAUUUCUCGGUGCUGUUUCAAAGUAUGCCUUUACAGAUGAAGGGGAAAUAACGCAUCUGCACUGAACCUGAUCAGAAGAACUGUUCAUUGUUGUCAUUGACCGUUUUGGCAUGUUGCCGGAGUGGGGAGGUUUCAGGUCUUUAGGGUGUGAUAGGGCGUAGUUCAUUGUUACCAGCGGAAACAGAAAUAAAAAUAAAUGAAUA